AAGUCUUCACACUUCAUUUCCUCUAAUUUGUAUACCUUCCAAUUCAUUUCUUUGAAUUUUCCCUUUUCAUUCAUUUUUUAUUCUCUCUCACUAGCAAAAAGCAAAAUUACCUUUCCUCAUCAAGCUCAAAUUCAUAUUCAGAUCUGCAAUUUUUCUGUUGACUAUGUUUUUAGCCUUGUUUAAGUUCAACCAUCAUCUCUGGUUUUGCGCUCUACUGGAGCGUAGUCAGCUAGCUUCGUGACUUUGCUUAGCGUUCAGAUUUUGCGGAAAAUGGGAGAGGAGAAUUGUUGGGAGAGAGAAGUUGUAAUAACUGAGCUAACCAAGGGGAGGGAAUUGAUGUGUCAGCUGCAAAAGCACUUUGAUCCCAUGAAACAGGAUGUAUGCCAGUAUUUAUCUGUGGAAAUACUUUCUUCUUAUGAUAAAGCACUGUCCCUCUUAAAUGGCACAGCUUUAUCAGUAAUGAGCAAAGGCAAACAGAUUAUCAAUUCAGCACCAUCUUCAUCAACUGCUAAGCUGGAAUCUCCUCAUCUUCCGGUUGAUAGUAGCACAAAGAGUUCUGACCGUCCUUCUAACUCCAGGAAGAGGAAGAUGAUCUCGCGAAGGACAGAGUACGUACAUGCUCGAUCCAGAGAAGAGGUUCCACCUGAGGAUGGAUACAGUUGGAGAAAAUAUGGACAGAAACAUAUUUUAGGAGCAAAAUAUCCCAGAGAAUAUUAUCGAUGUGCUCGUCGUCAUUUGUCUAAAUGUAUUGCUACUAAGAUGGUCAAGCGAAGUGACACAGAGCCGCCAAUUUUUGAAGUUAUUUAUGGAGAAAGUCACAGUUGUGGUCAAGAAAGCAAAAACCAAAAUGAAGACUUACCUGCACCUGUGCUAACAGUGCUAACAAAAGAAAAACAAUCUGAAGAAGUUGGAAGAAGAGGGGAAAUAUCUGAAUCUGAUAUUGCUGAGAUGGUUUCAACACCAAAUAAUUCAUUCAACAAUUCCUCAACAGGUGUUGUAUUCUCAUCAAACUCCAAUUCCAAUUCACUAUUCAACAUCGCCAAUUCCGACUUCAUUUCCACACCAACUUCUUCACCCCAUCCUGACUGGAAUUUUUUGUCAUUUGAUGAUGAUGCUAGACUCACCGCUUUACUUAAUGAUGGACCUGAAAAUGUUAGCUGCACUUAUAAAGGUGUCGAUUUCAUCUCCACACCAACUUCAGUCCGCAAUUUGUUACUUGAUGAUAGUCUCACUACCUUAUCUAAUAGUGCACCUCAAAAUGCGAGGCGCAUCUAUAGAGGUGUCCGCCAGCGUUCUUGGGGGAAAUGGGCAGCUGACAUCCGCGAUCCCAAGCGUGGUGCUCGCGUCUGGCUUGGCACUUUUGACAAUUCUCAUGAUGCUGCUGUGGCUUACGAUGAUGCCGCCUAUAGAUUGUACGGGAAAAAUGCCAGAGUCAACUUCCCUGAGCGUUACAUGAAACAUGCAUAGAAUUUCAGGCCCAUGAAGAAUGCGCCAGGGAAAUCUACAGUCAAACUUACGAGUUCAGUAGUACGAACAACUUUGGUUCAAGCCCUAUAUUUGUGUUGAGAAAUGUAGUUCGGUUGAUGAGUAGACAAUGCAACAUUUGGAUUGUCCAAGUAGACACCCCUCUUACAAUUAGUCUCUAUAUAUUUAUGUUAGAUCAUCUUCUCCCAUAUCUUGAAAAGGGAUGAUGCUUAUUUUGGAACCCUGUUUACACUGAAAUAAUGGAAACAGACGACUGAAAUCAGAGGCGGAUCCAGAAUUUAAUUUUAAUGGGUUCAAUUUUAACUUUCCUAUUCCUAGUCCCUUAUUUCUAUACAGUGUGUCAGUAUUAGCAGUAAGAUUGGCACUAUUCUUGUAGUUUCGUAUCCCUGGAUCUCUAUCAUUACUCGUUGUAUUAUUUGCUUUUAUUGUUUGUUUA